CUCUCACCUGCUAUAGGCCUGCGUCUCUCAGCAGUGACGGCUUGUUCUCAGAGACUGCAGUGUGGCUGUUGGGCUACAAACUGCUCCUGCACUCUAGAGGAGAAGAGGAGGGACACAGCCGCAAAGUGAGGAUGAAGAGGAGCAUCUGAAAGAGGAUUUAAAAGAGCCCAGGAGAUAAAAAGAACUGAGGCUGUGCAGAGAAGGAGGAAGGAUAAGGUGGAAGUCAGGGGAUGAGGUGAUGUGACCGGAAGAGAAAGAGGAGACCAGUGAAGUGGGAUGUCUGCCAAAUGAAACCUGAGCAGAGGUUCUCUCAGACAGGCGAAUUUGUGGGAAGCAAAGUGACAGAUUGUGACAGAUUGUCCACAAACAGCUGAUGUUGCAGAGCAAUGUUGUAGCAAUAAAUCUUGGAGAGACAAAGUCAGAAUCGUCCUGCAGGGGCCGUAUGUUGGAGAGGUAGUUUAAUUUGAAAUCAGGGACAGUGGGCUAAAAUCUCCAACAGCGAAACUUUGACUGAACAAAUCCUGCAGAAUGCCGUGCUCGCCUUUUCGAAUUGGAAGGCCAAGGAAAUUCUGGAAACAAGAUGGGAGUGACCCGCGGAUUUCUGCAACACUAGAGCCACAGCUGUUCCAGCCCACACUCCCAUACACCACCUCGCCAUUCCCCAAGAGCCCAGAUUUAUUUGAAAUGAUUGAAAAGAUGCAGGGCAACAGGAUGGAUGAGCAGAGAUGCAGCUUCCCUCCCCCGCUCAAGACUGAGGAGGACUACAUUCCGUAUCCAAGUGUCCAUGAGGUGUUGGGCAGAAGAAGACCCUUUCCCCUCAUCCUCCUGCCCCAGUUUGGGGGAUUUUGGAUCGAGGGGAACAACCAUGAGCUGAGCGACCGCGUGGACACGGCGCAGGCGCAGCCGCUGUCCCCGAACACCCGCACCAAGCUGGAGUGUAACACGAAGGCCAUGCUCUUCCGGAAACACUUCCUGGGCAAGGAACACUUUGAUUACUACUCAGUGGACGGUGCCCUCGGACAUCUGGUGUUCUCCCUGAAGUACGAUGUGAUCGGUGACCAGGAACAUCUCCGGCUCAUGCUCAGGACCAAACUGAAAACCUACCACGAUGUGAUUCCCAUUUCCUGUCUGACCGAGUUUCCCAACGUGGUCCAAAUGGCCAAGCUCGUCUGUGAAGACGUCAACGUGGAUCGCUUUUUUCCAGUCCUUUAUCCAAAAGCUUCACGACUAAUCGUCACCUUUGAUGAACAUGUGAUAAACAACAAUUUCAAAUUUGGUGUCGUCUAUCAGAAGUUCGGACAGACUUCAGAGGAAGAGCUGUUUGGCAACAGUGACGAGAGUCCGGCCUUCGUCGAGUUCCUGGCGUUUUUAGGAGAAAAAAUCGAGCUGCACAACUUCAAAGGCUUCCGUGGAGGGUUGGAUGUGACUCAUGGGCAGACUGGCGCAGAAUCUGUCUACUGCAACUACCGCAACAAGGAGGUCAUGUUCCACGUGUCCACAAAGCUGCCUUACACAGAGGGGGACACCCAGCAGUUACAGAGAAAGAGGCACAUAGGGAACGAUAUCGUGGCCAUCGUGUUCCAAGAGGAGAACACUCCGUUCGUACCAGACAUGAUCGCCUCCAACUUCCUCCAUGGCUACGUCGUGGUCCAAGUGGUCAACCCGUGUUCUAACAAUGUUCUCUACAAGGUGUCAGUGACAGCACGGGAUGACGUACCUUUCUUUGGUCCGGCCCUCCCAAACCCUGCUGUCUUUAAAAAAGGCCCUGAAUUCCAUGAAUUCCUUUUUACUAAGCUCAUCAAUGCAGAGUAUGCCUGUUACAAAGCUGAGAAAUUUGCCAAAUUAGAGGAGCGGACGCGGUCGGCUUUGUUAGAGACGCUGUACGAGGAGCUUCAUGUGAACAGCCAGGCCAUGAUGGGACUCGGAGGAGAGGACGACAAACUAGAAAACGGGAGUGGGGGAGGAGGGGGAUUCUUCGAGUCCUUCAAGCGGGUGAUCCGCAGCAGGAGCCACUCUAUGGACGCCAUGGGUCUUACUCUCAAGAAGCCGCACACAUUCUCCACUAGCCUGAGCGGCAGCUUAACCCACAACCCCGCAGAGAGCCCCAAAUUCCCAGGGAUAUCGUUGCUUGUCCCAGGCAAAAGUCCCAGUAAAUAUGGACGUCGAGGCAGUGCCAUAGGGAUAGGAACAGUAGAAGAGUCGUUGAUAAUCCCGGGGAAAAGCCCGACCAGGAAGAAAUCAGGUCAUUUUAGCUCCAGGAGAAGCAGCGCCAUCGGUAUUGAAAACAUCCAAGAAGUCCAGGAGAAGAGUAGAGAAAACUCCCCAAAUACCCAGAAGACCCCCGACAGUGGCCACGUCUCUCAAGACCCCAAAUCGGACAAUUCAUCCAAUCAGAGCUCCCCUGAAGCGCUCACGACCGCCAAGAACAGUUCUUGUCUCGGUGGCAGGGCCCCAUCCAUCCCUGAGGGUCACGACCUCUCCCGCUCCUCCUCCAACGCUAGUAGCUUUGCCAGUGUGGUAGAGGAGAACGACGCCACGGAGGACUACGACACAGGCCUGGAGAGUGUGUCGUCUGCGGGGACGCCGCACAAGCGAGACUCCUUCUCCUACACCAAUUGGCUGGAGGACAGCAUGAGCAGCACCAGCACCAACAGUCGUGCGAGCUCCCCAGUUUUGACUUGUCCUCCAGGGCCUGGUAAACCUGAUCGAGGGAAGGGGACAGACAUCCGAAUCAAACUGGAGCGACCGCACGAUCAUCAGUCCUCAUCGCCCUCCCAUAAGUCACAGCCCCUCGGGGAGAUGAGACAAGUGCAGGCGUUCGCCAUGAGCAGAGAUGAGAAGGAGGAAGAUGAGGAAGAGGAGACGUAGGAGAGGACGCAGGUGGAUUCUGGCCUUGCCCUCUUCUCAGUGAGUGACAGGGCACAGAAAUCCAGAAACCUGGAGGAGGACACUGGGAGAGGACGACGCACAACGAGGGGCCAGCUUUUGCACAGUGUUGUUUCCUUCCACUCUUUUCUUUGCCUGUUCACACAACUGUUGCCUAGUUGUAUGUUUUUAGUUUUUAUUUUCGAGUGCGGACAUUUCAUUUUCGAGUGUUAUUGUUUUAUUUAUAAAAGAUAUGACUUGGGUUUAGUUUGUCUUGUUAAAGCCUCAAUGUGCUGGCUAUACAGGGUAAAGACAGUGCCACUGAUCUGUUGUCAUGAUGGAAAGGACUUCUUCUGCAACAUAGAGACGAUCUCUGCAAACGCUCCGGCUCAGUAAAGACCUCUAAUAUAUAAAUAAUACCAAAUAUUCAGCAUCAAAGAUGAGUGUUUUAUAACAAAAUAUCCCAUGUGAUGUAGAAUCUUUCUGAUGGAUGCUGUUAAAUGUGAGUAUUUUCUAGAUAAAAUCCACAUAGAUCGUUGGAGCAAAGUAAUGAUUCUCUUUCCUCUCCUGCCCCAAAACUCCAAGUUUAAACUUAACACCACGAGUCACAGUAAAGAAAGAAAUGUAUCACGAAUUAAAUGAAAUGGCCUUAAAACUUCAACAUGCAAUGUCUGUGUCCCUCCGAUUUAUUUUUACCUCCCUUCUCUGACUCACGUUCUGCAGCCAUAAUGGGACGGCAGUAUUAGAUUAAGAUGAAAACAAAUAUGUUCAGAAUCAUUUUUAAACACACUGGUUUCUCUAGAUAAAUAAUGAUGGUGCAAUGCACCAGUGCUGUGUGUAUAGUCUGCUAAUAUAUGGAUGUAUCCAUCAAUGACUGAUUAAACUGCUUUGUCCGUCGUGUUUGCUGCUGUGGAGACGAGUCUCUACAUUUUCUCCUCUAAUAUGCUUUUAUUUAUUGAUUUGGUUCCUAUUGAAGUGGCAUUUAUGGCGUACAUCUGUUCUUCUGUACCUCUAUGGUGACUACACGCAGCAUCCUGACAUAUAAUUUAUUCUGUAUGUGUUGCUCUGGAGUAAAAUAUAAUGUUGUCAUCUGUAAAGUUCUGUGUAUUUCAGGGGUCAGAUCUGUUUCAGCACGCGAUACAUUUUCAAUGCAAUUCAAAUGAAAUGGUGAAUAUUUAUUUGCUUGAGAGAAAAUAACUCAGAGUACAACUACUGAUUUUGUAAAUAUUUAGUUGGAGUACAUAGUGUAUAAUGUAUAGAUCAUUGAUUUCAGAUGGGAUUGACCAACACCUCCAAAUAACUGCCAAGUUAACAGUUUAUUGUUGUUGUUUUUUUUCUCAUACACUUAAAUUUGAAUAUUCUUUUGAGAAGAUUUUGUAGAAUAAAAUUAUUUUAAAAGCUUUUCAGAUUGUUCUGUAAAAGGGAAAAAUCUCACGGUAUAUCCUGCUGGACAUUUAAAGUUGCCUUGUCACCACAGACCUGUGGUGUAAGUAUAGAUAGUGAAGAGGCAGCAGGAUUUACAAUGAAAUGAAUGUUGUGGUGUUGUUUUAUUGUAAAUAAAUGCCUAAACAACA